AUGGCCAGGAUGGAAGCUAUGCUUACAAACUUUUGCAAAGAGUUUGAAGACAUAAGGAAAUUCAAGGAGGAAGCAAUCUCCAAUCGACAAAAUGAAGAUGCGGCCACGCAGAAGCUUGAAGCACAAAUUGGGUAUUUGUCCAAACAAGCCCCUAGCUAUAGUUCCAGCAGUGCUACCAAGACAACUUCAAAAGAGGAAUGCAAAGCUAUUACCCUCAGAAGUGGAAGAGAAUUGGAAGAGAAGUCAAGGGAGACUAAAGAGGAGAAAGAGGAGGAUAGUUCAGUUGACAAGGAUGAAGCACAAACACCUACUCCGAGUUCAUCAGAAGGGAAGGAAGUUCUCAAGCCAUAUGCCCCAAAGGCUCCUUACCCUCAACGCCUAAUGAGGAAUGCAAAGGACAGCCCAUUCUCCAAAUUCUUGGAGAUCUUCAAGAAACUUCAAAUCAAUAUUUUCUUUGCUGAAGCAUUAGAGAAAAUGCCACUCUAUGCUAAGUUUCUGAAGAAAUUGAUGACCAAGAAGAGAAGUUGGAAGAAUGAUGAAACGGUGAUACUAAUAGAAGAAUGUAGUGCUAUCAUCCAACACAAGCUACCUCAAAAAUUGAAGGACACAGGAAGCUUCCAAAUUCCCUGCAUUAUAGGGGAAAUAAUAGUUGAAAAGGCCUUGUGUGACUUGGGAGCUAGUAUAAACUUGAUGUCCUUAACUAUGAUGAAAAGGAUGAAGAUUGAGGAAGCCAAACCAACAAGGAUGGCUCUCUAG